AUGCCUGACGCGCUCGAGAUCAGCCAAUUUCUUUCUCGCUUGCAUUAUAUGUUGCAUCAUUCUGUACCAUUGGUUUUUAAAUAUACUGUUUCCUCUCCCCCCAUCAACUGUGGCAUAUCGUAUAGGACUAAGCUCAAGGCAACCGCAAGGGAUAUUGGUCUUGUCAAAGGAGCGUCUCUCCAACGUCAGGCAGACCAACAACCCUCUGCGGUAGCUCAGGCUGCACACUCUGGAGCAUCAGGCUUUCCCCAUGUGUCGCAGGACAGUACUGCAACAAGCAAAACAUCAUCGCUAACCCUCAAUGUGGCCAAUAGUUGUCACACCUCACCAUUUCCUGUAGCACCAGGUCCUGUACAACUUGACAAUCUUUUUUAUGGUUCUAUGAACCAGCAACCUGCGUGGAUAGACCAAAACUCCUCUGACGCCUUUGCUGUCAUGGGGGCUGAAUCUUUCACAGGCGGCAUACUCAAUGACCAUUCUUUGGGUCAAUCUUUAGUUCAUUGGGUCAACCAAUGGCCUCUCACAGAAGCUCUGAAGGAUGGUGGUAGCCACAACAAUACUGCGGCCUUAACGAACACCAGUUGCGCUCCCCUUGUAUCUACGAGAAUGUCCAAUCCCCAGAUGGACUCAGGAUACUACCAUUCAGUCACCUCUCUCAUGGGCUCCCCUCAAUGUUUUCCUGAAGAAGAUGAGCCAGUGGUGCAUGAGGACGGGCACAUUACUGGACAAAGGAGUGCAGAGAUGAAUUCAGCACUCACAGCCAGGUUUGCAAAAGUCGAGCAAUGCUUCCUUGACCUCUCCACAUCAACAACAUUCCCUAUGAUCCAACUGAUCAACCUGUUCAUGAAGAGCUGUGGAUGCACCGUCAAUGGUACCAAUUACUGGAGUUUGUAUGCUCACUACUUCAAAGAACACGUCCAGAUGGAACUCACAUGCAUUGGCCAAGUGGCACAGGCAGGCAGUGGGACACCUAGUCAAGGCAUACGUACACAAUAUUACGAUAAGUUCAAGGAGGCCUUUCCCAAUUCAUACCAAGAUAUACUGUUGAUGCACGAGGAGGCAUAUAUCAUUGCACAGACAGGCAUUCCAAAAGCACUAUCGAAGAAUAACACAGAUUCUUUGAAGCGGCCAUUGUACUCUGUGGCAAACAAAGUACAGUUCUGGGAGACUCGAUGCCACACCAGUGAUGAUGCAAUCAUCAGCCAUCUUAAAUCACAUGUAUAUAACAGUAUGUCAUUGUCUGUGAUUAAUGAGGUGUUCAAGGACAGCAAUGAUGGCAGCUGUGAUAACCUAUCGACCCCCAGCAACGAUCAGUUUGGUGACAUCAAAGAGGGACAGGACAAUGUUUUGAAGUGGGUCAAGCAGGAAAUCAUUAGACAAGUUGCCCAACUUGGUGGACUUGGCAGUAAGACCACCUGGGAUAAAAACUUCCCAUGGAAGGUCAUGGGAGGAGCACUCACAGACGCCAGCCUCUCUAUCAGGGGCUAUCCUGGUCACAAGUGUCUGUUGCCUGGAGAAGCUCACAGCGAGAAUUUGAAAAACAAAGGUAUUGGGGCAUUGACACAGAAAGAAGUUUCAGCUCUCAUAGAGGUGUUGAAGGCAGGAACAAUGCACAUUGCCAGAGUUGACAAGGCACAUCGAUCGGCUGUGAUAGCCUCUGAGAGGCCAGUCAUCAUAUGUGAAGCACCUUCAUCUGACUGGCCGCAUCCUGAUGGAAGACGACUGUUUGCUGAUGGCCACACGGAUUACAAUGGCCCUACUCGCGUGAAGCCUAGCACUGCAACCACCAAAGUCAAGAAGGUGGAUAAAGUGCCAAAGGCCCCACUACCACCCUCCAAUGAGGAUGAUUUGGAUGAUGAUGAUCUUCUUGUGACUAAUCCUCCAGAGUUCCAAAAACCUACCAUGCAAGUCAAAGUUGCCCCACCACCUCCCUCACGGCCUUUCAAAGUUGUCCAACUGCCACCCUCCCACCUCUUCAAAAACGAGGCCAUUGAGCUUACUUCUGCUGAAGACAACAUUGCCGAUGAGCCUGACACUGAAUAUGAAGAAGAAUCACGCAGGAAGAACAGAAAGCUGAAGUCCGCGACAACAUCGUGUGCAUCAAAGAGGCUAGCUCCUUCCAAUGAGAAGACUGACACUUUGAAAGUGGGAAAUAAAGGAGCGCAGAUGAUGCAAUCAAAAGUGCCUCCCUUGCAGACAAUGAAAGGCACCCCUCAGUCUCCAUUGACAGUGGGGUCAUUGAGUGAUGGCCUGGCAGCAUUGCCAGAACAUAGUGGCAAUGGUGCACCAAUGCGGCUUCAGGAUGGACCCUCUAACGAGCCCACCAAGGUCAAGGGCUCUAAGUACAAGAUGGGCCGUGCUCUUCAUAUGGUGUAUAGCCAGUUGGACAGAUCUGAGGUUGACGCCACAGCUGCAAAGGAUGCUGUCUGUGGUGCUUUAACUGACAUACCAGUGCCCAAGGUUCCCCAGGAUGCAGUGCCUGGACCAGUAGGAGACCAGCAGGAGGUACCCUCAACCACCUCCAUGGACGCCAUGCCACCCAUCAAUCCCAGCCAAGAAGAUCUUCAAAAUGCUGUUCAUGACCUUGGUGAACCCCUUGGUGAACCUCCUCACGAUGCCACUCAAGACCUGCGCAACCCUCCACAUGAGCCAUGUGAAGCUCAUCAUGAGGUCCUCCCUGUCCGGCGUGACCCUCAUGAAGCCCACACAAACCUCAUUGUGAGGUCAUCCAGCACCCUUGCAAUGACCCUCAUGAGAGUGACCCUCCAUGCAACCCACGCAAGGCUCAUCAUGAAGCCCUUUCUGCCCGACGUGAUGUUGCCCUGCAUGAUCCUUGUGACCCUCCUCGAAGCAAUUCUCUGCACCCACAUGAUCUGUGUUACACUCAUGGGUACAUGCACUCCCACGAUACUGGGUGCUAUCGUGAGGCUCUUCAUCAGCGUGAAGCCAUUCCCUUCAUCAACCAUGACUCUCUCUACCCCCUGUGAUGCCUUCCACCCUCAUAACCCCCACUAUCCUGCUGGUUUGCCACCUCAGGACAAUUAUGGAUCCAAUGAGGUUCAUGCAGAUAAUGAAUUCAACACUCAUUAUAGCUCUUCUGCAUUGGAGUUGCACUCUCAGUAUGGGCAUGGUGAACACAACUGUGCAUAUCCAAGGUGUUACAGCCCUGCAUUUGAGCCUGGUUAUGCUCGUGAAAGUGGGUACUCCCAAUGCGACAACUGUGAUGAGCAUCCUCCUUAUGGCCAUCAUCAUGACGGUGAAUACCCCAAUAGCAGGACUCGUUACCGGACAGACCGCAGCCAUGAUGCUCCCCCUUCCGACUAUGUUCCACGAGGAUUCAGUUGCUCUCGAUGGUGA